AUGUCUGAGGUCAUCUAUGCUGAGCCUGAUAUGACCAAGAAGGUCAAGUUUAACAGAGAUGAAAUGAAGGAGAGGAUUGUGGAUAUCUACGUCAGUGCAGACACCCUGAGAGACGGUGAGACCAGCACCAAGAGAGAAGAGACAGCAGACACUGCUCCUAAUAAUGGACCAGGACACCAGCACUCAGAGCCUGAAAGCUCCGUGAAGAGACCCUUCCUAGUUGCUGCAGUGUGUCUGGGGCUGCUGUGUCUUCUCCUACUGGCUGGGAUCAUAGGCCUGUCUGUCUACUUUUCUCAAUUUGUUCACCUGUGCUCUUCAACAGAGCAGCAUUGUCAGGAGGGAUGGAGAUACUUUGACUCCAGUUUGUACUUCCUCUCUACUGAGAAGAAAACCUGGGUGGAGAGCAGACAGCACUGUCUGGAGAGAGGAGCAGACCUGGUGAUCAUAAACAGCAGAGAGGAACAGACAUUUCUCGUCAACCUCAAGAAGAGAGUCUGGAUUGGUCUGACUGACUCUGUUACUGAGGGUACCUGGAAAUGGGUGGACGGCACCCCACUGACCACAAGGUACUGGUAUGAGCCACAGCCUGAUAAUGGUGGUGGCAAUCCAGAAAAUGGUGAGGAGGACUGUGUUGAGAUACACACAGGUCAGAGUCCUCUGAAGGCAUGGAAUGACAUGUCAUGUGACAGGAAACUGAACUGGAUUUGUGAGAAAGUGCUUGAACAUCACCAUGACAAAAUACUGUAA